UACCUUUACCAUCUUUUACUUACUCUCUGGUGUAGCCCUUUGUAGUUUCUCUUUUCUCUUCUGCGGGUGUGUUAUCAUGCUUAGUCUAAUUCUCUUGUCCUCCUACAUCUUCCUUUUUAUGUGGUGGAAUUGUUGGUUUUCCCAGUUAAAAGGGUACUUGCAUGUGCUUUUGCUUGUCAAAUCUGGAUCUCCCUUGCUUUCUGCUGCGGGGAUGCUUGCUUUUCUCCAAUUGCUCUUUCUGAGUUCUUUUUUUUUUUUUUUGUCGUAAUUCAAAUAUUUAAGACUUGAGCUGUUAGAUGUUAGUAAAAAACUUGUGGGAACCCGAUAACAAUUGCAGAGAACUUUUGAAGUAGGAUUGUUCAUUCGGAUCUGAACAGAAUGCACAAAGUUCUUCACCUCUUACCAUCACUGAUCAAAGAGAUGAUUUUGAUGAACAACAACGAGGUGCCCCGGGGCGUUUCUGGAAAAUUCACUACUGAGAUGUACUGAUAAACAUAUUCUGACUAAAGUUGUGAUCUUGGAGAAAAUUUUCUUUUUCAGGUAACACCUAGCUAAUCAUCUUACUAUUUUCAGUGGCGCGAUAAUCACCAUAAACACAGACCAAAAUUCAACUGUCUCGUCCAGACAUGCUGCCACAAAACUCUGAUUCAGGAACGGAAAAUGAGUCCUCGGACUUCAGUGCCCAGGUAGCUUCCGAGGCAUGUGUGCAGGAAAUCUCUGUCGAACCCUCCAAAGUUACCUCGACCACUUCCUUGGAUCAGGACAGUGUGUCACUCGACUUGACCCUUUUCUGCCGCAGUAAUGUUCCUGCCGAGGUGAAUGCUGUUGGAGAGAGUAAUGAUACUGAUGCCACUGACCAACCUUCCAUUGUUAAACUCCCACGGGUGUUCUCUUGCAAUUACUGCAAGCGCAAGUUUUACAGCUCGCAGGCGCUCGGCGGCCAUCAGAAUGCUCACAAGAGGGAGAGGACGAUGGCGAAGAGGGCCAUGCGGAUGGGAAUGUUCUCCAACAGAUAUACCAGCUUGGCAUCUCUGCCGCUUCACGGUGCGGCGAUUAGGUCCCUUGGCAUUGAAGCUCACGCAGGGGUGCACCACCAGAAUAUGGUGGCUCCAGAAAGUCGGCCUGCAGUUUUGAGGGGUGGAGCGAAGUUUGAGAAGGGCUAUUUGGGAGCGCCGAUGUUUGUUGAAGAAGAUGAAGUGGCGCCGCUGUUUUGGCCAGGAAGUUUUCGGCAAUUGGACAUGAGGGAUUGCACUAGUGAUCCUAGCCCUCCCACGGAUUACUUAAUCAAAGGUUCGAAUGUGAACUUUGUCCAGGUGUCGAAAUUUCCACGGAUUGAGACUUCGUCACCCGACCUUACGUUGAAACUUUAGGAACAAAUCCGAUCCGACGUUAAUUCUCAGUUCUUGUACACCCGUUGCUAUGCUGUGACAUCUGUUUGUCUUUGUACAGUGAGAUCUGAUGAGAAAUGGCUGCGAGGUAUGAAGUUUUGGUGUCUCGCCUUCUCUCUUGCUGCCUUUUGCUCUGACGUGCUAUGACAAUGCUAUCAGUUGCUAUAAUUGAAUUUGCAGCACUCCUGUUUGCUGUUCUAACUGUAAUGGAAGAGGAGACGAUCAUUUCUUUAGCCUUAUGCGUGUUAAUGCUGCGAGAUUCACCAAGA